UGGUAUGCUGUCAAAUCUGUGACCAUGAUUAAGAACUUAUGGGUUUAAUUGACCGUCACAGAAACAAGCUUGUAACUUUCACUCAUCAUACCAUCGGCCUUCUGCCCAGUUUAUGUUGGCAUCCCUCCUUGGAGUUUUGGGCAGCAAAUCAGCCGCUGUGAAACCAAUUACUGUGCUUGGAUGUUAGCACAUAAUCCCAAACUGGCAUGUUUCAACAUUUUUAUCCAGUUAGUUAAUGAAGUGCUCUAUGUGAGACGUUCAAGGUCAUAUGGUCAAAGCAAUGGAAAUGAAGAGCAGUGUGUGAUUGUAGGCUUUAUUGCGAAUCAACCAAGGACUUCAAUUUUUAUCAUAUCUGCCAAUAUUUCCCUCUUUCCGGAGUUUUUCUUAAGGUUUGGUCAUGACACAAGGAUUUAUUUUGUUUAUUAUAAUCAGAUUGUUUAAAAAAUUGGACCAAGGUAAAGUAUUACGAGUUCCAGUUUUUCUUCAUUGUUCAACAAGCAUCAUCCACCACCAUUUUGGCAGGCUUUGGCUGUACUGAAGGGCUUCUUUCAGCAAUCAAGAUUGCUUUGAUAACUAUCAAGAUGGCUUCUUGUUGAAUGUUUUUAUGUUUUUUUUUGUGAGUGUGUGUAACUUCUUUAGCUAAAACCAUAAGUGCACUGAUGCCUUUUAGGCAUGAGGGCUUGGCAUCCCUGGCUGCAUACCGAUAAACACUGCAAGUGAAAACCUAUUGUUAACUUGUUAUCACAUGUUUAUUAUUUCAUAACCUCCAGACUGAUACCUCUCUUACUCCAGAUAACAGGGUAAUUAACUCUUGGUUCUGACAUGAAAGAAUAAUUAUAAAAAAAACAGGGCCAUUAUGGACUUCUAUAUAAGCAAAAUAAAUAAAAAAUAUGUACAUGUACGUGUGUGUACUAAAUAGCAAUAUCUAAUGGUCAGAUUCUUUAUUAAAACACUCCUUUACUCCCCUCUACCAUUAGUGAAAUCCCAGUAGCAAUGGCCAUUUUCAAGGAUGAGAAGCUGCUGUGAAGCUUAAUAAGUUAAAUCCUCAAGUUCUUUAUGAUUAAAAACUUGAACUUACAGAAAGUCUUUGCACACCACAACAACCACUUUUUAAACCACGCACUAAAUAUUAAAACAUGAUGUUUCUAUUGUGCAAACAUGAUGGCUUAUGUGGAGGGGGACCCACUCCUAGAGAUACAGACUAAUACUCAAAAUGAUUAUAUACGACAUAAAAUUCCAAAAGUUUGGAAGCAAGGCCAUUACAAGCCAAAUAGUUGGGAGUAACUUCAAGUUUUUGUUCACUGCUUUUUUUUUUAAAUCCAGCAUGAGUUUUAUGUAUUUUGGGAUGUAUUUACUCCAUGAUCAGAUGUUGCUUUCAUGGAAAUGCACCAUUUUACUCCAUUUACCUUUAGAUAUACAGUACAUUGAUUUUAACAGACCAUUGCUAAAUAUAUGUCAGCAAAAGAUAAUAAGGGCUUAGUUUUAGGGUCGAAAACAUUUGCAAGAGUCACAACUUCAGUGCAAAAGCAAAAAAACAAAUCACAGUUGGAUUAUUCACUUCAACUUUUUGGCUUUUGAGAGUCUGCAUACAAAAAUCCCAGUAAAUCUCAACUGCGUCAAACUACCACAAAAAUGGCUAGAAAGAAGCAACUGAGUAAAGAAACAAAAGUACAGAUUUGUACAUUGAGGAAAGAAGGAUACACAGAAAGAGAAAUUGCAAAACGCCUAAAGGUGUUUAACAAAGAAGUCCACGACACUCUGAAGAGACUAGAGGAACAGGCCUAAACGAAAGAGAGUUACUACAAAAGCACAGUACCACUCCAUCCUCCAGCACCAUGCUGUUCCAUCUGGACUCAGACUUGUGGCUCCUAAGUUUGUUUUGCAGCAAGACAAUGACCCUAAGCACUCUGCCAAGCUCUGUCAGGGUUACCUAGACAAAAAAGAAGAGGAAGGUGUUCUUCAAAAGAUGGUUUGGCCCCCUCAGUCUCAAGACCUUUCUCAAUUGAGCUUGUGCGGGAUGAAUUGGAUCGAUCAGUCAGAAAAAUGCGUCCCAUGAAUCAGCAGUCUCUUUUUAAUGAACUUAAGUAAGGUUGAAAUGCAAUCCCUGGAACAUACCUUAAAAAAUUGUGGAACGAAUGCCUGGUAUAUGCCAAGCUGUUGCUAAAGCCAGAGGAGGUUACUUUAAAAAAAGCAAAGUCUAAGCAACAAUAACUCAAAUACCUCAUAAUUAUAGUCAAAAUGUCUUCUGAUAAGUUACUCUUUACACAAUAGUCAUGUUUAUUGUGUUGCAAAUUAUAUAUAUAUGAAACUAUAAUCUUUUUUUGUACAAAUCUGAUCUUGCUUCUAAACUUUUGGCCUGUAGUGUAGAUACCAAGGUCUACUGCUUAAAGCCACAAAUAUUUGCAUUUCUUUUGAAGCAGAGACAUAUUUUCCCAUAAAUAUGUAUGAUUUAUAUGAAUGUAGAACCUAAACUGAACCAAUUUAAUCAACUUAGGAAAACUAUAAAUUUGACUCAAUUGAUACUUUUGAACAGGUUCUGUAGUUAAUGCAAACAAGUUUCAUAACUAGGAGAAAUUGAACUCAUAAGAUCUCACAGAUUCUCCUCACCUGCUCCUGCAUCAGCUUGAGGCUAGUUAGUGGCUACAUCAGCUGCUGCUAGCAUUAUAAAGCAGCUGGAUUAUCAGCUGUACUAUGUGUAGACACUUUAAACAAUGAAUGAGAAUGAAUGAAACCAAGUCAAAAUAUUUUUUAUAUGUUUCCACCUCCAUUUUGCAUUAGUGAAGUUGUCAGAGUCUAACAGAUAAUCGUUAUACUCUGACAACGAUGCCUGUUAGUGUCUGCUCUGUAUUCUCUGCUUACCUGCUUUCUGGUGCCAUGACAACAGUGGAUCAGUGAAAAGGGGGCCCCAGAGUGUCCUUAGGAGGCCCCUUGCAUCCAGCCAAGCUGCAUGGUACCAGGAAUGUGUGGGAGAGACAUGAAACCAACCGGUGACGAGGAUGGUUAUUUUGUCCUCUCCUGAAACACUCUUGACCCGAUUAGCCCACAGACUGAUGGUAAUUAUUGAUAAAUGAAUAAACCAGAGGUCUCAAAUUUAAUUGAUGAUAAUUUUCUUAAAAGUGCACUUUAUUUGAAACUGUCAAACUUCAUUUAAAACUCCUGAUACAUCGCUUCUAUAUUCUGUGUCUCUAUUAAAAUAAGUCAACUUUAUUUGAAAUGUCCCCUUUCCCUGCAUAUGGGGUUUUAUUGUAAACUUGUCAGGCUCUGACAGUGUUCAAGUGUUGUAAUUGCAGACCUGCAUGCAGAGUAUUCUCUGCAGAGUUUAUGGUUUUGUUUUGCCUUUAGGGAGGUACCUUCACCACAGGUAUGAAACAUGUUUUAUCAAAAUGACUUUACAGUUAUUUGUUGUAGUAAUCAUUCAAUCAGUUGAUGAAUCUUUUGGACCAAAAGUGUAAUAAACCAAACAUGCAAUUUGACUGUAGUUAAUCCUCAUGUUUGGCCUAUUUGAUGGUAGAAACACGCUUCUAACAAAGUAAUAAAUAUUUAUGGUGCAUUUUGCUGGUUUUCACGAGAAUCCGCUUUGCCCACUACAGCUGUAAAGCAGUCUAAUGAUUUACUUUACUCCAAGUUUUCCAUUCCCCGCCCGGGGUCAGCAGCCAAUGGCUUGUCAGAGAGCUAUUUAAGACGCGGACAGUUCAAGGAGGUUCAGAUAUCAGCGCGAUACUCUGCGCGCAACAGGACGCACUGAGUCACUCCGAGCAAGAGCAGGCUGUACACUCCUCCUUUGGACUCCGGUCCGUAUUCAAGACAUUUUUUUCCCUGAGAAGACAAAGCUGUGAAAGAAAUGAAAGCGUGGCGAGUUGUGCUUCUCUUCAGUCUGGUGUUGAACGCAGCUGUGACGUCCCUGGAAGAAGAAGUCUCCAAUUCUAUUUCUGGUGAGUUUCCAGUUUACUCCUCAUCCACUCACAUUUCCACACAAAUCAGCGCACUUUAUGGAAACGAGAGUUGAAUGCAUGAUGCAUAUGCAUAAACACGGUGCCAAAGUCUCCGUUUACCGUAGUUCUUGUGGCAAGUAUGAGCUGGAUGUGUGUAGUAAGGACCCUGAUAAAGUUAACGGUCUCUAAGAGAAACUAGUAUCACGUGUCUGACUAAACUUGUCUUUGUCUUGGCAAAUAUCCAACUUUUACUCCACUACUGCUAUGAGAGACAAGAUGGUUGGUUUAAACUUUCAGAGGUCUCAGAGUGGUGAAAACACUUCAGUCUGCUCAGUGAAACUAAAUGAUUUCAGUCUGAAAACUUUAAUGAUGGUCACAUAUUAAAACAAUAUGGUCCCUCAGCAACUUCAAGCCUUUCGCAAUGUAAGCCUUGUAAAUAUCUGUGUAGCUCCUUCAUCCAUCUCCCCACCCCCCACUCUAAAAAUCAGCACCACCCCCAGUUGAGUUGAGUCAGCUGACUGCGUCAGAACCUCUGAAACCGGGCAGAUUAUAGUGGAUGAGAUGGCAGGAACAAAGCUGGGAAAAAACACUUGUUGGUUUCUAUGGAGCUCAGUCUGACCAAGUGAACCCCUGUAACCCUGGAGGACUGAUCUAGUCUAAGGUGGAAGCUCAUUUUCUGAGGGGCCUCAAAGGGGCCCACGCUUAUUAGAACAAGUCACUCUGUUAGCUAGUCAGGCGUCUUGGUCUGCCCAGCCAGAACAUUAGAUCAGAUUUACAUCUAUCUACACACAGAAUCUCUCCUCAGAAGACCUAAAGCUUGUUUUUCUCCUCUCAGGUAACCUCCUUCACCCUCUGAGAGACCUGUUUGACUACAAAGAUGACAAAAAUCAAAGUUUUGCGAAAUUCUCCCUUCGCAAACCAUCCCAACCUGAAGAUGACCUGUGCUACAUCGUUCCCGGUCAACCUGAAUCCCUGGCCGCCUGCACCUUCAACAGCACUUCCAAAACCUUCCUAGUGAUCCAUGGAUGGACGGUGAGCAGAGAUGCUUCAGCCUGUACUGACAGGCCCUCUGUCAUGAAAACACCUGAGGCCUUUGUUCACUUAACUAUGGUGUAGGUUAGACAGAAAACCACCUGGGACUAGUUAUGCGUCAUUAUUUUUUCGCCAAAUUGCGGUGCCUUCAAGUCUGGCCAAAUUAGAGCUUUCUUCACAAGUAAAAACUUGUCCAAGUGAAAGCCAAAGAACAUCCUGUAGGACUGGUCUGGACUGUCGUACAAUAACCCUGUUAAAUGAAUUCUACCUGAACACUCUGGACUCUAAUUAACGCCAUGAACGCCAGAAUGUUAUUUGUGCCAAUGCCAUUGUGGUGCUGUCAGGUAAAUGCUCUGUUUUUAUUUCCUGUCAACAGGUGAGUGGUUUGUUCGAAAGCUGGGUGGCUAAGCUCGUGUCAGCGCUAUACGAGAGAGAGCAGACAGCUAAUGUGAUCGUGGUGGACUGGCUCUAUUCAGCACAGAACCACUAUGGGGUGGCGGCUCAGAACACCAAAGCAGUGGGACAGGAGGUUGCCCACUUUAUUGACUGGAUUGAGGUGAGUGGGAUUGAACUUGAACUGGUUUCUAAAGAGAUUGCAUCAUUCAGUACUGUUCACUACGUUAAAGGUGACUCUGAAAGUUGUCACUCAGUUUUAGUAGCUCCUAAUUUAACAACACAGGUAGGAAACAAGAGGAUGGAGCUAAUGUUUCUAACCUGAGUUGGGUUUGAAAUGGACAAUCUUUCAAAGAUAAUUUAUGAACAAUCAGGAAUAGAUUGACCCUGAUUUUUAUUGUAACACAAUAGACUAAGGACUACAAUGAUAUUGCACACUGACUGAAUAUUGCACACUUAUCUAUCUAAGUAACAGAGUAAGAUACUUUAUCAGUUAUUGAAUCAGUCAUACAAAUCAAGGAAUUAAAUGUCUCGCUUUUUUGUACUUUCAAGGAAACUACCAACAUGGCUCUUGAGAACCUCCACCUGAUUGGCUACAGCCUUGGCGCUCAUGUUGCAGGAUUUGCUGGAAGCCAUGCAACCAAUAAAGUUGGAAGGAUAACUGGUAAACUGAGCAUCCACACACAUGACUACUGAGCGCAUGAUGUUGAAGUUAAAUUUGUUAAAAAUGUUCGGGUCAUGGGGAGGUGAUUGAGUAUUUCGUCGUCCUGUCUAUGUAUGUAGGUCUGGACCCCGCCGGUCCUGACUUUGAGGGUGAGCAUGCCCAUGGGCGUCUCUCUCCAGAUGAUGCUUACUUCGUGGAUGUUCUCCACACCUUCACACGGGGAACGCUGGGUUUCAGCAUUGGGAUCCAGCAGCCUGUUGGCCAUGUUGACAUUUACCCCAAUGGAGGCAGCUUCCAGCCGGGCUGCAAUCUGAGAGGGGCCCUGGAGAAGAUCGCUCAGUUUGGGAUUCUUGGUGAGUAUAACAAACUGUGAUAACUGAGCCACUGUAAAUAAGUAAUAAUGUAUACUUUUUUUCAUGAAAACACAGUAAGUUAACACAAAUACAGCAUAUUGUUGUGUGGCCUUUUCACACAGAAGGCCUCAAAACACGGCCAAGGAAAAGUUUAACUCACUUGUCUGUUUGACCCAGUGGGUUCAUAGAUAGUGUAAAUGUCUUCAAGUUGUAUAUAUUGAAAGAAAUAUCAUCCCCUCUUUGUCCUCCAGCAAUCACUGAUGCUGUAAAGUGCGAACACGAGCGCUCCGUCCACCUCUUCAUCGACUCUCUGCUGAAUGAGCAGGAGGCAGGAAAGGCAUACAGAUGCAGCAACAGCAACACAUUCAACCGUGGCUUGUGUCUUAGUUGCCAUAAAAGCCGCUGCAACACCGUUGGCUAUGACAUCAGCAAGGUCCGCAGACCUCGCAACGUCCAGAUGUUCACCAAUACACGAGCGUCCAUGCCUUUCAGAGGUGAGAAGUUUUUGAAUCUCGAGAGAUGGUUCAAUUUGGAGGGUUUAGAUGAUUUAACACUGUCUCUGAGUUUAAUAAAAUAUCUGUCCAUCUGCUUUCUUGUCUCACAGUUUACCACUAUCAGCUGAAGAUCCACUUCCUGGGUAACAUUAACCGUUCAGAGAUGGAGCCUUCGCUGACUGUCUCGCUGUUCGGGACUAAAGCAGAGGCUGAAAACCUGGAGCUGAAACUGUAAGUGCUAUUUUAAGAACUUUAUAAAAAGAGAAUUACAGCACACUGACUUGUAUCUUGGAGGCUAAAUGAGUUUUGUAACAGCUGCGCAGCAUGAAGUAGAAACCAUAAACAGUGAUGUAACCAGAGAGAUGGCAGUGAGUUCAUGUCUUUGCGGUUUAGUUGCGGUUUAUGGCGCAGGGUUUAUGAGGCUAAGACAAGUGGAAUUUUCUCUCUGGCCUUAAGUAAACCACUAACACUUUAUUUUUGUUUUUCAGAGAAGAGAAAAUAUCAACGAAUAAGACAUACUCAUUCCUGCUGGUGACGGAGAAAGAUAUCGGAGACUUGUUGAUGGUGAAGUUUAAAUGGGAAGAGACAAACGGGUGGUCAGCCUCCAGUAUGAUGAAGAUGGUUUCUUCUUUGUGGUCCGGUGACUCUGACAGUGCCAGUGUAAAGGUUGACAAAAUUCGUAUACGUGUGGGAGAGACCCAACAGAAGUAAGUUGUGAUAUUUAGGAAAGAAGAUUUAACCAAAACAAACAAAUAUUAGAGAUUAAACGAAAACACAGUAAGUAGUCCAAAAUGUCAACCAAAUAUGUUUUUUUUCUGUGAUUUCUUUUUCAGGAUGGUGCUAUGUGUAAAAAAUCCUGAAACCCGAGAUUUAACACAAGAGGUCACAUUUGUUAAAUGUAAGGAUGCAUGGAGGACAAACUCAAAACGAUCUCCAAGAAGGUAAGAACUCCUCCAUAGUUCUUCUGAUAAAACAAAAUAAAACAAUACCAUAGGUGCUUAUAAAUAACAAACUUUCUUUGGCUGUAGAAUCACCUUGGGGAACCACUGACCUUCAAGACAAAGCUCAAAAUGCUGAAAGCUCUUCAGUCCAUUUCAGCACUUCAUAAAUAACUUAUAAAUCUGUAACUUAUUUUUGACAAUAAUGCAAAAGUCUCAGAAGUUUGUAUGUUAUUUAAAGCAAUAUCUCUGUGAAUAAUGUAAAAUAUUUUGUAAUGAGCUGUUUUUAUGACAUUACUUUGUUGUACAAAAAAAAAUAAUUUUAUCAUCUUAGAUUCAUGUUUUUUGUUAAAGGUGUAAAUCCUGUUCAAGCUCCCUGCAGAGCCUCAAACACUAAAGAGGCGUAUGUGACUAAUUUGUAAUGGUGUUAGAGGAAGUCCAGGUACUUUCAAAGUAUUUAAGUCCGAUUUUAUAGUUAUAGCAACCACUGUGAAAAAAAGUCCUCUAAGAGUUCUGUUCAAAAAGAGGCAGAAAUGGCCGCUGGUGUGAAUGUCGCUAGUUGUUUUAUGUGAUUGGAUGCAGUUUAUUAUCUGUGUAUGUGUUUUCUAACUGAUGCAUAAUCUGACGGAGCAUUCACCGCUGUGGCUCUCAGCACUGUAUGUGACUGUGGGAUCUGUACCACUGUGCCUUACUGUCGCCAGUUGUAAGCUGUUGCAAACAGAGCUCGACUCUGAACUUUGUGCCUUGUUGUUGUUUUACACAUUUGUGUUUGUCGUCCUUGAAACUCUGUGACUUUUACUCAACCAUCUGAACAUGCCAAUAUUGUUAUUUUUUUUACUGCAUCAUUUUUUUACCGCUUUUUCAAUGCAACAUGAUGUGUUACUCGGAUGCUGUUACCUCACGUUAGUGUGGGACAUUUUCUCUGUCAUGGUUUUGUUAAUGAAAUAAAUAAGAUGCAUAGUGCUCAUAGCGACGAGGAAAGCACAGGUUGUAUUAACGUUGCCAUUUUGUUGUGCUGCUUAUCUUAAAUGCCUCUUGGCUGCAGUUCUCUGUGCAUGACUUUUAGAUUCUUGACUAAUACCCUUUAAUCCAUUCUUACAUUUCCAGUUGUGUGAGCAAUGUCUAAGCUUCGGCUCUUUAGAGAUCGGUACUGUAAUCAUUGUGACUUCAUUUCCAUUGACUUUAGAAAUGUAGAAAUCUUUUAUACCUUUGCACUGAAAACAGGGGAGGAAAAGGCUGAACUGAGUUACUUGUACAUUUAUGUAAAUACCAAAAUAUAGAUAACUGAUUUUGUUGUAUGAAACACUGUUAACUAUAUAUAUAUAUAUUUUUUUUUUUUUCACUGUAAAAGGAUUAUUUCUGUAAUAUUUUGUAAAUGCUUGUAAAUAUCAACUAUACUGUAUACAUUUCUUUAAUAAACCAAAACCAGAGGACA